AUGUCCGUCGAAGUUUCAACUGCUCCUAUCACCACUGAUUCACAAAUACCUGUUCCACAAGAAGCACCAAGUCCGAUAGCUUCUACCGCGACUGCUGCUACUACCACCUCCUCUGCUGAGAAUAAAACUGAACAAAAGGAACAAGAACAGCCAAAACGUGUCUUGACACCUGCUCCAGUACCAACUUCAUCUCCAUGGAAAGUUAACUCUUCUACUGAUGAUCAAAUUACAACAAUCCCAAUUGAACAAUUAGAUGAAUUGAGAAGAUCUAAAAAUAAAUCCCCAAAUCCUAUUAUAAAACCAACCACCUCUACUAAAUGGGUUCCAAUUAAGGCUUCCAUCACCGUAUCAAAUAAAAGUAGCAAUAACAGGAAUAAGAAACCAAAUAAUAGCAACGGUGGCAGAGGGAAGAAUGGACCAAGAAAUAACAAUAAUAAUAAUAACACUCAAAGAAGAACAAGAAAUGAUUUACAACAGAAAAGGAAUGCUCAAUCUGGGUCUGAAUCAUCUCCAGCCGCAGGUCCAGUGGAAGGCUCAAAUGUUGAAGAAAAAUCAGAAAACUCUUCAUCAACCUCUACCAGUUCUGAUCUAGAAAAUGGUAAAAAAUUACAAAGGACUGAUAACGAAACAUCAUUGCCACAAGAGCAACAAGACUCUACUGAUAAAUCAGGUCAUUCCGCUGGUUUCCAAAGAAGAAGAUACCACAAUAAUACCCAUAACAACCAUAACUCUAAAUUCAACGGCCCACGUCAUAAUGGUAAUCGUCAGUUUAACAAUCGUUCAAGACCUCAUCAUGGCAACCGUUCUCAUUUCAACCAACAACUAGUCGAAAUCCAAAAUAGAACUUAUCCAAUUCAACCAGUAAUGAUGGCCAUGAACAACAUCGCAAGACAAAUUGAAUAUUAUUUCAGUGAUGAAAAUUUAUCUAAGGAUACUUAUUUAGUUUCCAAAUUAUCCAAAGAAGGUUACGUCCCAUUAUCUUUGAUCGCCCAAUUUUACAGAAUCGUUAAUAUGUCCAAAUAUCAUGGUAAUGCUUAUUUAAUUAUGGCCGCUUUAAGAGAAAUCGUCAUGAAUUUCGAAAACUCUAUCGUCGAAGUUGCUUACGGUACUCAACAACAACAAGCACCAGUAGCAGAAACUACAGUUGAAGAAAAAGAAGAAGAAAACCCUGAAGCCACGAAGAGUAGUAACAACAAUGAAAUCUUAUCUAAUUAUUUCAUCCGUGCAAAGAAUUUCGAAAAAUCGAUACCUGCUGAUAAGACCGAAUUCGAAACAAUUGUCAAUAUCGAAAAGACUUUGGUUGGUGAUGUCUUAGAUGAAUUCAUGGUAAAGAUAUUACCACCUCCACAACAUCAUCAUCACCAACAACAACAACAAGAACCAGUCGCCGCAGCAGAAGUUAACGCUGACACUGAGAUUGAGGCUGCUGUCGAUGCUCCAGUUGAACAACCCACUGAACAAGAAUCAACGAAAGAAAAAGCCGCCGAACCUGAAACUUCUUCAUGA